CCCUCUCUCUCUCGCUCUCUGGUUUGUGCCCGCCAACCUCACAACACCGAAAGCAGUUUUCUAUUUUUAUUUCCCCUAUAAAAUCUCUCUCUGUCCCUCCACUCUGCUUCUUCCGUAUAAAAAGUCGCUCCACUCCACACUCCUCACAAAAAGAGACAAGCGUGAAAACUCAAAGCCCCCCCAAGGCCCCAACCCUUCUUCUUCCUUUCCUUUCACUCUCCUCUUCUCUCCUUUAUCUUCUCCAUUACCCAGAAAAACAGAGGCAUCAUUCGACACCUAACAAUGGCGAAUCUCACCUUCACUUUCCACUCCUUUACAUAAUGACCUCCGCACAUGAUUACCCCCACUUCCCUCUCUUCUUCUUUUGCCAUGAAGAGGAUGCAGCCGCUUCUUAUCCCCAAUCUCCACAUCUCCGACAAUGAUAACCUAAGCUCCACUCCCUCUUCAUCCCCUCUCGACGACCUUUACUGCGAGGAAGAGAGGUGGGAAGACGAAGACGACAACGGCGAGGUUUUGGAUUCCAGUGAUACCGCCGGGGUUCGCCAUUGUCUUUCUCCGAUUCUGUUGCUGGAGCAGGACUGGUUCUGGGAAGACGAAGAGCUCUGUUCACUUUUCUCUAAAGAACGGAGCGAGGAGGAGCGGAGGAAGCGACCUGCCAAGGAAACUUGCCCUGUUAUACGCUCUGCUCGUCGGCGAGCUGUGGAAUGGAUGGUUAAUGUCAGCACCCACUACGGGUUUUCCACUCUCACUUCCGUGUUAGCUAUCAAUUACCUCGAUCGCUUCCUUUCAACCCCGUGUUACCAGAAAGAUAAGCCCUGGAUGAUCCAGCUUGUUGCGGUGACUUGCCUGUCUCUGGCUGCCAAAGUCGAGGAAACCGAUGUCCCGCUCUUGCUUGACCUCCAGAUUGAGGAGACGAAAUAUGUAUUCGAGGCGAAGACGAUUCAAAGGAUGGAACUUCUAGUGCUAUCGGCCCUUGGCUGGAAGAUGCAUCCGGUGACUCCGAUCUCGUUUGUGGAUCACAUUGUUCGGAGGCUUGGCCUGAAGAGCAAUGUUCACUGGGAGUUUCUCAACCGAUGCCACCAUCUCCUUCUCUGCCUCGUCUCCGAUUCAAGAUCUGUCAGAUAUAAGGCUUCAGUUCUGGCAACUGCAACGAUGAUGCACGUUAUUGACCAAGUCGAGCACUUUAACCCCAUUGACUAUCAGACUCAGCUGCUUACUGUCCUUAACAUCACCAAGGAAAAGGUGGAGGAUUGUUAUGAGGUGAUAAUGGAGGUGGCAAAGGGCAAUGGCGUUGGGAAGAAGAGGAAGUACUACCGCCAUUAUGAUGAAGGGGCGUUUCCAAGCAGCCCUAGCGGCGUGAUUGAUGCAGAAGCUUUUCUGAGCUGUGACAGCUCAAACGAUUCUUGGGGUUUGGGAAGUCUAAUGCCAAAAGCAAAAGGGAAAGGGUCAUUUUCAUCCUCUUCUUCCUCAGUCUGUUCAUCUCCUCCACCACCGCCAUUGGAGGCAGAGCAGCAGCCACUGCUGAAGAAGAGCAGAACCCAAGAUGACCAAUGGGUCUUUGUGGGUUUCGUUGGGAGCCCCAAUUAGAACCUGAGAGAAAGAUAGAGAGAGAUAGACACUUCUCUCAAGCAAGCAAAGCAAAUCUCUCGCUCUCUCUCUCUCUCUUUCAUUUCAUUUCAUUAAUUUCCGUACUUGAUAUGGAUUUAGCUAAAGCUUUGGUUGGGCGUCAGCUGGCCGGCCAGCCAUUGUAUGGUCUCAUCAUCUCCCACAGGAGAAGAAGAUUGGGUUCUACGCCAUUUAGCCAAUCCUUCCUUGUGAUAAGAUUAGCAUUUGAAGGGAUUGAUUGGGAGAUGAAGGCUUUUGGAGUAAAAGAGGGGAGGAAGGGAAGGAUAGGGAAGGCAAGGCAAGGUCUUUAUGUUUAAACCUUAAUUAUAUUUAUAAUUUUUUUUUUUUUUUGUAAUUCUCCAUGCGUAAAUGUUUCUCUUCAAUAGAGAAGCAUACCUUUUGAUGUGGACAUGUAUAUGUGGGAUGUUAUCAUCUAAAUAUUCAAAUAAAUUCAGAAAAAACGC